GUAAAUAAAUUCUUUGUGUUAAGAGUAAACAACAACAAUAGUACAUCUUUGGUUAGGCGUUUAAAAAUAUUUUUAUUACUGUGUAAAAAUCGUACCCUCUUAAAUUAAUUGUGCUAAAUAACAUACAUUUUUAAGCUAAACUGUAAAGCAGCGCCAUGGAGAGCGAGGUGUGCGACUGCAGCAGCAGCAGCGACGACGACGGCUGGACGAGCGGUGACCAGGCGUGCGGCGACGACGAGAGCGACGCCAGGGGCGGCGGCGGCGGCGGCGGCGCCGGAGACGACGACGACGACGACGACCGGUGCAUCCUGGAGCCGUACGUGGACCGCUUCCAGUUCUCGGAGGCGGAGCUGGCGGCGGUGUUCCCCGAGCAGGGCGCGGCUGCGGCCGCCAGGAGCGACUUAGCCGUGCGGGAGUGCACGGUCCAGUGCAGCGGUCCCAAGACGUCCACGGCCGUGAGGGGUAGCUUCGGCGUGGUGCAGGUCGACACUGCUGUCCAGGAGGCGGCGUGCAUCGAGGUCCGCGUCACCAGGUACCCGUGUCCACCAAGAGGGCGCAACCUCGCUGCCAGCGUGCCCGCCAGCUUAGCGGAGACCCAGAGGCCACCCGCGCGAGAGGGAAAGCCCAGGCUGGAGACGUACCUGCCCCCGGGGACCAAGACAGCGUCCGUGUGCCAGCCUCCGAGGGUCCGGCCGCCGCCUAUGGACUUGCCCCCUAAAGUCCGACCACCGCCGAUAGACUUGCCCCCGGGAGUCCGACCGAUGUCUAUGGACUUGCCUCCAGGGGUCAGAACGCGGCCUGUGGACCUAACUCAGGGGGUCCGAAUGCCGACUGUGAAACUGGCCGUGGGCAUUCGACAGUCACCGAUAGACUUUCCCCCGGUGGUCCGACCGCCAUCAAUGGACUUGCCCCCAGAAGUCCAGCCACCGUCGAUGGACCUACCCCCAGGGAUACGAACGCCGCCCGCGGAUCUGCCGUCGGGUGUCUGCCUAUCACCGAUGGACAUUUCCCAAGGGAUCCGAAAGGUCGUUACGGUCAGGCCCAUGGUCAGGCCGCCACCGAUAGGCUUGCCCCUAGAGGUCCGGUUAUCACCGAAGGACUUGCUAACGGGAAUACAGCCGCCUCCAAUGGACUUGCCGACAGUGGUCCAGCCAACUUCAAUGGACUUUCCGGCGGAGGCCCAACCACCUCCGAUGGAAUUGCCGAUGGUGGUCCAGUCGCCUCCAAUGGACUUGCCGACGGGGUUCCAGCCACCUCCAAUGGACUUGCCGACGGGGGUCCAGCCGCCUCCGACGGACCUGAAGACGGGGGUCCAGGAGCCACCGAUGGACUUGCCGAUGGGGGUCCAGCUGCCGCCGAUGGACUUGCCGACCGGGGUCCAGCCGCCUCCGAUGGACCUACCAACAGGGGACCAGGAGCCGCCGAUGGACUGCCCUAAUUGUGUCUGGCGACAAUCGAUGGACUGGCCCCAAUGUGACUGGCUGCCACCGAAGGACUUGCCCUCGGAGGUCCAGCCGCCGCCUGUGGAUCUGCCUCCAGGGGUCCAGCCACCGUCCACGGGGGACCGAAUGCCACUGGUAGACCCACCUCAGGGGAUCCAAACGCCACCUGUGGACCUACCUCAGGGGGCGCAAACGCCACCUGUGGACCUACCUGAGGGGGUCCAAACGCCACCUGUGGACGUACCUCAGGGGGUGCAAACGCCACCUGUGGACCUACCUCAGGGGUUCCAAAUGCCACCUGUAGACCUACCUGAGGGGGUCCAAACGCCACCUGUGGACCUACCUGAGGGGGUCCAAACGCCACCUGUGGACGUACCUCAGGGGGUGCAAACGCCACCUGUGGACCUACCUCAGGGGUUCCAAACGCCACCUGUAGACCUAUCUGAGGGGAUGCAAACACCACCUAUAGACCUAGCUCAGGGGUUCCAAACACCACCUGUAGACCUAUCUCAGGGGAUGCAAACGCCACCUGUAGACCUAUCUCAGGGGUUCCAAACGCCGCCUGUGGUCCUGUGCUCGUUGGACCAGCCGCCGCAGGUGGACGUGUCCACGGAGGUACAAGGCCCCGAUCAUGCACUCGCCCCUGAUGACGACUGCUCUCUGCUGUGCUGGGACCAGAAGGGCCUGGCACGCCGUCAGGAGCUGGCGAGGUGCGAGGGCGAGGAGUCUGCCUACUCCGUCGUGCCAUGGUCGGAAAUCUUCGAUGCCGCCACGCACGGCCCUUCCAUCGAGCGGCUCGAGGACUGGGAACGGAGCACGGACUUCGUAUUCGGCCCGCGGGUGUCCGACGAGGUGCACUUCGACGUCGACCGCGAUGCCAGCGCCAUGUCCCUGCGUCAGCCCGAGCGGGCGGCAGUCUCGCCUCCGCAAGGAGACGUCCCUGGAAUGCACGGCGACUCCUCCCCCUUGCCGGCGGGCCAGUACGACGCGGUGCAGCGAGAGCGCUUCCGUGAGUGGUGCCGCAAUCUGAACAACACGUCCUACAUCUCCGACUUCUAGACGCGAGACGAGAGUUUCCACCCGAAAGACAUCCCAUGGUUCAGAAUUCUCACCGGAUGUCCACGUGAUGCCCCUACCAGUUCUCGAGAAAAGUAGCUAUCGCUACAUCACCGCAGUGCUUUGUACUAUUCAUGGAGUAAAUUUUAAGUUAUGUUCCUUUCAUUCAUUGUUUGUCCAAUCACGUACGAAACUGAAUAAAAAUUCACUAAAAAGUGUUUAACAGGAGCAUAGGCAUCUUACUAAGAGAUAGUUUGGAACUUGAUUCUCAAUCUCAUGUUUGUGAACCUUUAAUUUGAUUACGUAAAGGUCUUAAUCUCAGGUGAACAUUAAACUUAAAUAUGUGUGGAUAUUUAAAGUUGUUGGACGUCAUCAGAUAAAAAUGUUUUGAAACUACA